AAAGAACAAAAAGAAACAAAAGAGUGAUUUAUUUCUUGCAAAAGAGAAAUAAAAAGAAAGAAGAAAAAAAAAACUAACAAACAAACAAAAGGAAACAUGGCCGUUCACUUCGAUCUGGUGAACAAAAUGACUCUGGCGUUUCUCGCGGUAUCGAUAGUAUAUUUCAUCGCGAUGGAUAUAUUAUUAUAUUCGAGAGUGAAGAAUUAUCGUGUGAAAGAAACGGCGAACGAUACACCAUUGUAUAAGCCAAUGAUACCAUGCGAUUUGAAUCCCCUUUGCGCGGUAACGGUGAAGGGUUUGACGUUGGAUCAUCCGAAUCAUUUUCUCUUGAGUCCGUUGGCCGCAUUGAUGGAUAAGAUUUUGGGAAUAAGUAAAUCUUGGAAUUGGUUGACACCUAAUUUGAUUAGUGGUUUUCACGUGUUUAUCGCUGUGUUAGCGGGAAAAUGUGUUUCGAGCGAGUCCCUGUCUCAAAGACGUCUCGGCGUUAUGCUUUUUCAAGUGAGAACAUAGCUAGACGAUUUGGACGGCCACGUAGCGAGACAGAGAGCAAACAUAUCAGGUGAACGAUCGGACGUUGGUUCACCUGGUUAUUUCGUUGAUGGUUUUUGCGAUGCUCUUGGAUGCGUCGCUUUGAUCGUCGGCCUUUAUUACUUUAUUAUUCGCUCUCCACCCAGACGAGGAGGAUACGACAAAAUGCAGAUAUUACCUUUGACACCUGUCGUCUUAGACACAACUCAUUACGUAUCGUCUUCGAACACGUCAAUAAGGAACAUCGUACUACCUAACGUCCUCCUGCUGAUCGGUCAUCUGAUCGUUGCCAGUGCUGCAUGGAAUCGUUAUAUAUGGCUUUAUCAAGAUCUUUUGGAUCUAGACAUCGAACCGUUCUCGAUCAAUACCGAACUUUUACAUCUACGACAAACCAACGUAAUUAGAAGUAACUCGUUCUGGUUUGUUGCUUUAAGUUGGAAAAUGUUCAACGUUCAUGCAGCCAUGGAUUAUCUUUUACUGGCAAUAUUUGUCAAUCGUGUUUGGGAAUAUAUGAAAUUGUCCAGAUGGUCGUCCUACGUUCUUAUAUUUUUACUUAUCUAUUUAACGGAGUUUCACUAUCAAUACGCUUACGAUUAUGUACACAUGGUACCUAUGAUCGUUGGUAGCGGGACAUCUUCUUCCUCGGUCAGCCUUACUCAUCCAUGAUAGGAUUAUUUAUCUCUCUUUAUCUCUCGAAUAUAUAUAUAUAUAUAUACAUACAUACAUACAUACAUAUAUAUAUAUUUUUUUUUUCUCUACCUUUUCGUUAACAACCUUAUCUCGAUCAUUCGACAUUUCAUUGAUAAGUCGACGUUAUUGCGAUCGAAAUUGUGUAUAAGUUUACGGUAUCGAUGCGAAUAACACUUUAACGAUUAUCUAUAGUUCAUUAUUACGAUCGAUACAAACUUCAUUUACUUUUGUAGAUUUUUUUUAUAUCGAUAAUAUCUACUGACUUCGAUAUAUCUUUCAAAAAUAUAGGAGGAAGAAAGGACACAAAUGUUUCAUAUUAUUGUGACUAUAAGUACAAUCUUAUCGAUACGACACAUGUUUAAACAAAGAACGAUGUAUCGACCAGAUUUACUUUUCACCUAUGAGUUGAUUAUCGAUAAAAGAGUUAUCGCAUACGAUUUAAAAGAAAAAAAAAAAAAACCACCUAAUUUUUACGUGAGUGCGCACUCACGUUUGUGGAUAAAACGAUAUAGCGAUAACCUUCCGAUUGGUAUCAAAUUUUUCGAUUAUCUCAAAACAUGUUUUAUCCAUUGAUUGAACUUGAAACGAAUAGCAAUCGAUCGGAAAAGAAAAUUGAAGGAGAAAAUCGAGCAAGUCUUUAUAAUUUGUCUAUAAUUUUUUUAAUAACUUUUCAAUUAUUAAAUAUAUAAUUUUUACAUAUAUUUGUUCUAAUAAAUAAAUACUUAAAGGAAUAUUAUGUAAUAAUAUAAUAGAAAAUUACGCCGACCUUGAUAACGCAUUUAUAAUAGCACAAAUUUUGUAUUUUUUACGAAAUCAUAAAAGAAGAUAUACGUACGAAUAUUGAAUUAAUCGAUAAUAAUAAUGUUCGAAAUUUUUUAUAACUUUUCUUUUUUAUAUCGUAAAUUCCGACAUCAUUUCUUAAUCGAUCUUUGUUUCAUGACCAAAGCCAAAUGUAAUUCUCAUAAUUUUCUAUAGAUGAAUUAUAAAAUAGUACGACUUUUCACAAUAGUUUAUUAUUCGAUAAAAAUUUUUUUUUGAACGAUUUGUAAUUAACAAUUCAUAAACCAAUAAUAUAUUCAUAAAUCAAUUCAUAAAUCAUGCAUCGUAAGUCGUAUUAAAACCUUAAUAAACAAGAAUGCCUUGAAAAUAUAUAAUAUGUAUAUGUAACGUAUCUAUCUUAUCAUCGCGUAUUACAUACAUAGAAAUAAGUAUAGUAUAAAAAUAUUAGUAUCAAGUAGAAUCGGGUAUCUAUCUUAUCGUCGUAUAGAGGUAACGUUAAAGCAAAAAAUAUUAGUAUUAAGAAGAAUCGUAAGAUAAAAAGAGCGUUUCACAAAUAUAAUAAGCUUUCUGUCAAUAUCGUUGCGAUAACGUUUUGACACAGAUAACAUCAUUUUUAAUUUAAUGAACACAUAUUCAGGUGCCUGUUUGUUAUUCUAACUUCUUUAUUAAUAUAUAUAUAUAUAUAUAU